AUGAGAACGUAUACUCGUAGAAGGCCUGACCACCAGCUCAUAGACAAUGUGCAUGAAUUGUGUAGACUAUGUCUGUGUAAAGCUGAGGGGGUGGUACCCAUAUUCACCGAAGAAGCAGACAAUGUGUGCGCUGUAUUGGCUUUAAGAAUUAUGAUCUGUGUUGGUUUAGAGAUAAAAAAUGAAGAUUGUUUGCCUAAUAUUAUAUGUACAGAUUGCCUAAAUAACCUCAACAAAUGCUAUGCAUUUAGAAAGAAAUGUGAAGUGUCAUAUCAGAAAUUAAAAUCUCAUGUUUUAGCAGUAAAGGAGACAGAGUUUAAAAAGGAAUUUCAAAGGCAAAAUGAGGCCCAAAACAAAAAUUCUACAGAUAAGGCGGAAUCAGAAGAAGACAUGAAAUUUGUAGUGACAUUUGAUAAAAAUCAAUUGGCGGAAGUCAGUAUGUUGCGUUUUAAUGGAAAUUCAAACGUUGCCAAUUCAAAAAACGAUCUAUCAAAUGUAACAGGUGCAGAUAGUAUAGAAAAUACCAUUACCAUACAAGCCUCUGAAGAACUAGUCCAAGAAAAUGAAAUCCAGCAACCAGACAUCACGACUUUCCUGACGGCUGUGCUGCUUCAGCUAGGUAUGUUAACACAACAAGAUAAUGAUGAGCUGGUGCUGACAGAACAAAGUAUCAACAGUUUGGAUGUGGAGACAGGUGACGGUAGCCAAGUUGUGUUUGAACUGGUAGAGGAAGAUGAACAAGAAGAGGUUUUGGAAGAAAGCAUUGUGAUGGAACAUCCGCUAGAACCCAUAGAAGAACUGAACUGUUCAGAACAGAACGACGUCGUUUACAAAUACACGUCCGACAAUGCUGUAACUAAACCAUCUGCACAAAGUAAGAAGGCUAAAGAAAAUAAAAGGAAUGGCGCUUGGUGCGACGAGUGUGGCAAACAGCUGGCCACCCGCAGCGCAUUACACCGACAUCGUAGGAUACAUUCGGGAGAGAAGCCGUACGCUUGCCAACAUUGUGGACGGACAUUCGGUCAGAAGGAAGUUAUGAUGCGGCAUGCUCUGAUACACGAAGAGCGUCGGCCGCACGCGUGCUCGUCGUGCACCAAGAGCUUCACGCAGCGCGCGGCGCUGGCGGCGCACGCGCGCGCGCACGCCCCGCCGCACGCGCGCGCGCUCGCGCUGCACCGCUGCUCGCGCUGCCCCAAGGUCUUCCUCUACGCCUCCGGUCUGAGCCGACACAUGAUGAUGCACGCCGGGCGCGUGUACGUGUGCGGCGCGUGCAAGCGCCAGUUCCGCGACAAGAGCUCGCUGCUGCGCCACUUCAAGAACGCCAACCACGCCGCCGACACCACGUGA